AUGAACUUGUCCGACGAUGCAAUUCCCUCACCUGCACUCCAAGCACUACCAAACGAGCUGCUUGGAGCUAUCUGCGCUCUACUUUGCAAUCAUGACAUCAAGAGCUUACGUCUGACUUGUCGAGCCUUGGGAGACAAGUCGUAUCUAAGAUUUGACCGCGUGUUUAUCUCUCCUAAUCCACGCAAUAUCGAAGUGUUGCUCGCAGUCGCCAACCACGAUGUUUUCCGUCAUCGCGUGAAAGAGAUUAUAUGGGACGACUCCGUGUUGAUGAAGAUUCCUAUUACAGACGGCUAUGGCCCUUGUGGCUAUAGUGGGGAUGAGAAUGAUCCUGAUGACUAUGCCGCCAACGAGGACAAAGAAUGGAUCUCGAGGGAUUUUGUUCGUCUUUGUAAAGAUAGCAUCGAUCUAACCAGGGCCAGAUCGCGCGCCAGGAAUAGGUACCAGGGCGAUAUCGAUGUGCAGAAGCAGGUUGAUAACCUGAUGUCAUCUCUGGACUCAGUGGCGCAUUAUACAGACCUCUUAUUUCAGCAAAGGGAGGUGUUAUCAUCGAGCGCAGAUGAGGAAGCUUUUCGGUACACCGUACAACGAUUCCCAAAACUCACGAAGGUCACCGUUACACCGGCGGCACACGGUUUUCUUUUUAAACCACUUUAUAAAACACCAAUGAUCCGAGCAUUUCCAUCUGGGUUUGUAUAUCCAAUUCCUCGGACCUGGCCAGAUGACGAGGCUCGUGAAGGUGGCCCUGAAGAUUGCCCAGAAGGAUGGGGAAAUGACGACGAGAGGAGACAGUGGCGCGGAUUCUGCAUAGUUACAAAGACUCUGGCCGAUUAUGCAGACAAGCUUCACAUCUCUGAGCUGGUUGUGGAUAAUCACAAACUCCCGACCGGAAUCGACUACACUCUCUUCGACAAGCCAAAUGCAGAGUAUGAUAGUCUUUGCAAGAUUGUUGCGCGGCCAGGUUUUAAACGCAUUACGCUCGGGCUAACAACUGGAUACCUCGCGAACUUUGAGGCUGAAGAUUGGGGUCUCCAUAAGAACGGCAGGAUAUCCAGCCUUCUAGCCAAAGCAACAGACCUGGAGGAAGUUACCUUGCAGAACAGCUAUGGAUUAGGAGCUUGGUCUUGCCCUAUGGAACACUAUGUAUCACUCUUUGAUAUCUUUCCCGUCGACACCUUAUCAAAAGGAAAACUAAAACACUUUGGGCUUUCCGGGUUGCAAGUCCUCCAGGAUGAUCUUAUUUCCUUUCUCGGCCAGCUCCCACCUACACUGAAAUCAGUCAACCUCAGCUUUCUCUCCUUAGUCAGGGGCCACGGAAACCAUGCUACCAUGUUAGCUGAUAUUCGAGACAAAUUAGGCUGGAGGCAUCGACCUGCCAGUAGAAGGAUCAAGGUCAGCAUUUCCAUGAUGCUCAAUCAAAGACUUAAAGGCCGCUACGUAUGCCUUGACAGAGAGGUUCAAGAAUACAUUUAUGGCGAUGGCCCCCCUCCCUUUAUUGCUCGCGAGGGGCGGAGACAUGCUCACUUCCCAUUUGGCAUCGGCAUAGUUUAUGAUGAGUUUGAUCCUAGCUUUGCGGUACCUUAUGAAACGAACAUAAGGCAGGGAGGUGCUCGUUUCCAUUAG